AUGAAUGUGCUGAUGAAAAAGAUCAUUGCAUCUGCAACGACUUCACCCUGUGAUGAGCAAGAUAGUGAUCACUUGCAGCAUAAGCUUCGGGGUUGUUUGGCCGAUAAGAAAUUUUUACUCGUCUUGGAUGAUAUGUGGGACAGCGACCUAGUAAAAUGGAGGGAACUGAAAUCUCUCCUCAUGGGUGGUCGCAGAGGAAGCAAAGUCAUUGUCACCACUAGGUCUAAUGCAGUUGUUUCCAUUGUGGGCAGCGAUCAUCAUUAUAAACUUGGUGGACUUGCUUGGAGAGAUUGCUUCUCUUUGAUUCUGGAAUGGGCUUUUCCAAAAGGAGAAGAUCAGAGUAGGCAUCAGAACCUCCUCGACAUCGGAGAGCAAAUUGCACAGAGAUGUAAGGGCGUUCCAUUAGCUGCAAGGUCUCUAGGAAGCCUGCUGUACAAAAAAACAGACGAACGUGAUUGGCAGCGUGUGAGAGAUAGUGAAAUAUGGAGGUUACAACGUCAGAGGCCAGAGGAUAUCCUGCCUGCUCUGAAAUUGAGUUAUGAUUACUUACCAUCUUACCUGAAACCAUGUUUUGCAUACUGUUCAAUUUUUCAAAUGGGGCAAUACAUUUACAAGGAUAAGUUAAUUCAGCUGUGGAUGGCACAAGGUCUGAUUCAGUCAAUUCCUGGCCAAAAUCUAGAGCCCGAAGACAUCGGGGAUCAGUAUUUUGAUGAGUUGUGUUCAACAUCACUCUUUCAAGAGGUUGAAGAGAAUGGCCCCUUGACAGGGAGUAGAAAAAUCCCUCCUGAAACUUCAGAAGCUGCGGACCAUUUUCUUUCCACGGGAUGGGAUAAGAUCCAUGCAUGA